UGAGACUCCAAACUGCCCCCAUCACUCCGAGGGAAGAAAAACUUCUCCGUGCUUCAGCUGAAGUUUUGACCUGGAUUUAAAAUCAGCUCGGUGAAUAAAACCUAAAGUUGUCCACAGACAGGGAUGAUGAAGUGAUCUGAGGCUGUGUUCCAAUCGGAGACGUGGGUUAAACCUGUAAGGGGGAUUUUUUUAAAAGUCUGUGGAGGCUGUAGAGUUUAAAACUGGUCUCAUGGAGCGACUCAGUGCGCGUUUUUGCGCGCGCCCUUUUCUGCGGGACUGAUCUCAGGACGCGGGACUUAAGGCCGGGCUUCAGGCUGUUUAACGGGGUGUAGACGAGAUUUACAGGAUGGCUAGUGUUAGUCUGGUCCUUCUGGUGGUGUGUGCGUGUGUGUGUGGAGCCUCAUGGGGCGGACAGCAGCGUUACAGUCUGUACUCAGGGAGCAGAGAGCACGGACACAUUGGGGAGGGAGCGCGAGCCGCCAGCAGGCACAGAAACUGGUGUGCGUAUGUGGUGAGGAAGACAGUGAGCUGUGUGGUGGAGGACGGAGUGGAGACGUACGUGAAGCCUGAUUAUCAGCCGUGUUCCUGGGGAGUGCAGUGUCCUCGCAUCCUAAUGUAUCGGACGUACAUGAGGCCGAGAUAUAAGGUGGCAUACAAAAUGAUCUCUGAGAUGGAGUGGAAGUGUUGCCACGGAUACAGCGGAGAGGACUGUAACACACAUAAUGGUGGUGGGAGCGGAGGAUCUGUUACAGCAAGACCGUGGCCAAAACCCUCGAACCCAGGACACACAGGACACGGACAGAACGGAGGCAGCGGGCAAGGUGACAAUGACAAGAUGAAGCAGAUGGAGGACAAAAUCCAGCGUCUGACUAAAGACCUUCAUGAUCUGCAGACGACGAUACGCUCCAUGAACGAACAGUUUCAGGAGGAAAUGAAGAAGCCUGGCUCGAGCGGUGGUGGUGGUGGUGGUGGUGGUGGUGGUGGGAAAACACCAGCGGAUGCGGCUCAGCCUGCAAUGAAGGAAACCCUUCACAACAUCCAGGCCAAACUAGACCAGCUGGACAAUCGGACUCAGGCUCAUGACAAAACUCUGGAUAGCAUCAACAAUCACCUGGUUAAUGGGAGAGGUGGGAACGACCUUGAAGACCAUGAUGGAGGCAGAUUCAACAUUCUGAAGGAGGAAAUCCUAGAGGAGUUGGAGCGACGGGUCUCUCUGUCCUGCACCGCUUGCCAAGCCGGCGUGGAUGAUAUGCAAAGAGAGCAGCAGAGUGACAGAGAGAGGAUUUCAGCUUUAGAAAAAAAGAUCAACGACCUGGAACAGAGGAACCGCCUGGUUUUGGAUGGACUGCGUCGGGAUCUCAGUCGAUCUCAAACAUGCUGUGAUAAGACAAGAGAUCUGGAGACACAGGUCAAGUAUCUGGACAAGAAGAUCAAAUCAAAUUCUGAGAUUUGUACCAGCCUCGAGGAGCGUCUGGAGAAAGUGCUGCAGGGAACCGGAGGUGGAGGAGCUCCAGGUGGAGUGGGAGGAAGUGGAGGAACAGGACCAGAGGAUACGCUGAAUAGUUACCUGGAAGACUUGGAAAGACGGAUUAACAGCACUGUGCAGAGGACAGAAGAAAGCUGUGCUUACAUGAAGAACCAUACGAAGGAUACAUUCCAAAAUGUGUUAGACCUCUUCAGGGAGCAAGACAACAAAAACACAAAUGUAGAGCUGGACAUAGAGAGUGUGAAAAAAAGUGUGUUUGAUCUGGACAAGCGCUUGUCUCAGCUGCAGAAUGCCACAUCUCAUAUGGACCAGAGAAUAAACGAAUGCUCUUCAUGCUCUGGUUCGCGAAGACCCCCAGGAGGAAGUGCAAUCAGACCCACUGAAGAUACAGAAACAGUCAAGUCCCUGGAAUGGAGGGUUGUUGCCAAUGAGGAUGAGAUCAAGAGAUUUGACACCAGGCUAAAAGAUCUCUCUGUUUCAGGCGACUCUCUGCUGGAUAAAGUCAUCGAUCUCGGCCAUGACAUACAAAAGAUCAAAGAGGUGACUGGCAACAGCGGUGAACAUUUCAAUCGCAUUAUAGCAGAAAUUGAGAACUGCCAAUCGGACCUCUGUAGGACGGUGCAAGAUGACCUGAGGAAGCUCAAGAACUUCACAAACCAUGCUAUGGACAAGUGGCACACAGAUAUGACUUACAUAAAGAGCAGGGUGGAUUCAGGAUGCUCGGGCGACUGCAGCGUCCUGCAGGAGGAAGUGAAGAAUCUUAAAGAGGAUGUGCAGAAGUGCAAGAUCUGUCUGGAGACUCCGACAGGACCAGGAACAGAACCAGGAGAUCUGGAUGGUCCUCAGAAGCCCCUCGAUGGCCACAGUGUGAUCAGCAGCAACAACGGCAACCUGGGCUCAAUCCAGGGCGAGUUAUCAGGAGUCAUUUUAACCUUCAGCUCCAUCAAUGACACCCUGAAAGGUUUGGAGCACAGCGUACGGAAACACGACAGCGUCAUCACUGAUCUGGGAAACACCAAGGACAAGAUCAUCUCUGAGCUUGAUAAGAUUCAGCAGGAAGUGACUGAGCACGUUGAGGACAGUAAAAUGCGCUUUGACAACAUCAUGCGUGACAUCAAACGUUUUGGAAACAGUUUUGUGGAGAGAACGAGCAACGACCUGGACAAGAGGAUCACCAAACUGGAGGGUGUUUGUGGUCGACUCGAUUUUGUAUCUGAGAACUUGCAGAAAAUCAAAGAUGGAUUUAACAAACAUGUGACCAGCCUGUGGAGCUGUGUGAAAGGCCUGAACACCACUGUGAUCCACCACAGCAGCUUCAUCGACACCAUGGAGACCACACAUCUAGACAGAAUCCACAGCAAGAUCAAACAGCUCAACUCCUCCAUGCUGCAUCUCCUCACGGAGUUCAGGAACCUGAUGGAACAUGAUUUCACAGGGCUGCCGGGACCCCCGGGGCCUCAGGGAGAGACAGGUGACAGAGGACUUCCAGGACUUCCUGGACCACAAGGACCCCCUGGUAAACCAGGUGUGGAAGGACCAAGAGGACCACCAGGUCUCGGCGGAGAACGAGGUCUCCCCGGCAUCGAUGCUAAUGUUCCUCAGGUCUCGUUCUCGGCUGCACUCACAAAACCCAUGACUUCCGCUGGGACCAUAGUGUUUGAUAAAAUCUUUGUAAAUAAAGGCGACUUUUACGACCCACAGACAGGAAUCUUCACGGCUCCGCGGGAAGGACAUUACUUCUUCAGUGCCAUUCUGACGGGCCACAAGAACGAGAAGAUCGAAGCGGUUCUAUCCAAGUCCAACUACGGCAUGGCGCGCGUGGACUCGGCCGGGUAUCAGCCCGAGGGUCUGGAGAACAAGCCGGUGGCGGAGACAAAGCCGACACCAGGGUCUCUGGCCGUCUUCAACAUCAUCCUUCCGCUGCAGAUGCACGACACGGUGUGUGUGGACCUGGUGAUGGGGAAACUGGCGCACUCGGUGGAACCUCUCACCAUGUUCAGUGGUGCUCUGCUCUACGAGGAUUACUCAUAACCCCGAUAUUCACCCACGAUGGGGCCAAACCUCCAGAGUCGCACCGUGGACUCGCUUUCAUGCUGUGAUUCUGCUCUUAUGUGAACUCCUGAAUUCAGAAGAGGAUUUAAAUUUGUUAUAUUUACUUUUAUUUUGACCUUUUGGAGACGUGUUUUUUACAGAAACUACUGUUUAUUAUUAUUAUUAUUAUUAUUAUUAUUAUUAUUGUUGUUGUUGUUGAUAUGAAAACGAUUUCAGAUUUUAUAAAAUACGGUGUUACGAAUCAUUUAUCACAGAGUUUCACUACCAGUGUAAAGUAGGCUAAAGCUCUGGCUCCAGGCCAUGAGCUGAUAUCACUAAUAGUAUCCCAUCACCACAGUUAAUAAAAAUAGCUUUAGGUUUAUGAUAUCAUAAUAUUGUAUCUUCAGUGUCAUGUAUCAGCGUCUGAGCGUUUGGGAUUCACUAGACAAAACACUUAUUUUGUUAUCAUGUGAUUUCAUUCUAUCGUUUAUACACGUUAUAAAGAAACGACGAGAGAGAAAACGAGACAGAAAUGAUCCAGAACCUCAACAUUUACCUCAGAUAUGUUGGAGAAAAAGAAAAGACUUUAUAAGGCUAAAAUUAUGCUGUAAUUGCAGUUAGCAUCGACCGCUAUCUUAACCUCCGUGUUUUCCACCAUAGUGAGAAAAUCAGCUCUCAGAAUGUUUUGAGACUUUAAAAAACCAAACAGAAAAUGUAGAACAAAUUAUUCAGCAAUAAAGUGCAGGAUUCGCUCUUGUAGCAAGUUCAGUAGGAUAGCUAACAUUAGCUAGCGAGUCCCACAUUGAUAGCUAGCUCUAUGUACCCAUAAAAAUGAUUGCUCUACAAACACAAAUCUGACUGUUAAUCAGAACCAGACAGAGAAGAUUCACUGUGAGCUAGCAGGUAGGCUAAUGCACAUGUUAGCAUGAUAAUGUGUUUUUCAGUGACAGGUCUGUCGGCCAUGUUCUAACUUCUGUUGUGGUGAACAGAAUUAUGAGAAAGAAAAAAAAAACAUCUGACAUGAGGACAUUCGUACAUGUAGUGUUGUGUUCACACUACAAUAGUAAUGAUGUACAGGCUAAACAUGGUGUAUAACUGAUUAGCAGCACAAGGCUAGUGCUCACUUUAUAGUGUGUGUGUGUGUGUGUGUGUGUGUGUGUGUGUGUGUGUGUGUGUGUGUGUGUGUGUGUGUGUGUGUGUGUGUGUGUGUGUGUGUGUGUGUGUUUGGAAAGAAGAGCAUUUCGUAUUUCCUAAUAACUGCGAUGUGAGUGUUAGUAAUGAAUCCUGUUCACCUUCUGGACAUUUUGCUGAGCCUCAGUGAAACCUGCUACAUCUCUAACACCAUUUUGUAAAUAAAUUGCUUUAUGUUGUCUGGUAACCAUGAAAACCAUCACCAUAAAUAAACAGGAAAAAAAAGGAAACUCACAAUAAAACAUGUAAUUUAUCACAACAUCCACAUCUACGACUUUAAAGAGCCAAUAAAGUCUGUUAGCAUUUUGGGAA